AUUAUAAAAACCUCUCGUUUUAUCAUCUUCAACCUCCGGUCCUAAACCUCAAAAAUCUCUGAAAGAACCCUAGCAAUGGCGAUGGAGAUACAAGUUAUGACCUCAAUCCCAUCAAUGGAAUUCAACUUCGAUAGCGCAUGUUCAUCUCCAUACAUGACUGCUCCUUCAAGUCCUCAACGCUUCGGCAAUUUCCUCUACAGCGUCCCAACCACUCCUACUCGUGUUUCUUCUUUCUAUCCUCAACUUAAAAAUGAUGGAAGAGCCGUCGACGGCGGAUGCGAAGGCGGCGACGAUGAUGGGAGUGAAGAUUUCGAGUUCAAUUUCAUUGGGCAGUUAGAGAAAACUCCAUUGUCGGCCGAUGAACUUUUCGAUGGAGGAAAGAUUCGACCUUUGAAACCCCAACAGUUGGAUCCAUUUGAAACAGCCAUGGAAGAGAGCCGCAAAAGAGUAACAUUACUCAACACUGUUCAUAAAAAGAGCAGAUCUUUGUCUUCUUUUGGAGUAUCCGAUGAUAUUAUUAUGCUCGAAACAGAGCAAAGUUCAUCGAAAUCUCAAAAAUUCAAUGCUAAAUCUUCUGUUUUUUCCAUUUUUUCGUUACCAAAAGGUAACAAAAAAUGGAAACUUAAAGACCUUUUGUUUUUUAGGAGCAAAUCAGAAAGCAGAACAACAAUAAGUGAAGAUCCGGUUUUGUGUAGGAAAAAUGUAAGCUUCCGGUCCACUGAGAGCGUCGGUUCGGUUUCGAGCUCGAGGAGGAGAGGACCGGUUUCGGCUCACGAGUUGAAUCAUGAUGUUUUGUAUGGGAAAGAACCGGAGGACGUGAAGAAUGCAAGUUUUCGGUCUACUGAGAGCAUCGGUUCGGUUUCUAGACCGAGGAGAGGACCGGAUUCGGCUCACGAGCUGAAUUGUGCUGUUUUGCAUGGGAAAGAACCGAAGGAUGUAAAAAAUGUAAGCUUUCGGUCUAGUGAGAGUAUCGGUUUGGUUUCUAACUCGAGGAGGAGAAGACCGGUUUCGGCUCACGAGUUGAAUUUUGAUGUUCUGUAUAGGAAAGAACCAGAGGAUGUGCAGAGUGCAAGUUUUCGGUCUACCGAGAGUAUCGGUUCGGUUUUGGUUCACGAGUUGAAUUGUGCCGUUUUGUCUAGGAAAGAAUCGGAGGAUGUGAAAAAUGCAAGCUUCCGGUCUACUGAGAGUAUCAGUUUAGUUUCUAAUUCGAGGAGGACAGGACCGGUUUCGGCUCACGAGUUGCAUUACACGAAGAACCGGGCGGUCUCGGAGGAGAUGAGGAGGAAGACAUUUUUACCUUACAAGAAGGGACUCCUUGGAUGCUUGGGGUUCAAUGCUGGUUGUGGAAUACAUGAGAUUUCUAGUGGUAUUGGGUCGUUGACACGUGGAUGACCAAAGUUUGCUAUUUAAGCCCUAUGUAAACAAAAUAAUUUAUGUUCAUUUUACAUUUUAAUCAAAGUUACAAAAUAAUUAUUGAAUGAUUCAAAAAUUUCGUUUUAAAUCAUUAGGUUGUUAAA